UCUAAUUUGUUUCUUCCAUAGCAAAGUGCGUAUUGCCUCUGCAUCCGCACAACCUGCUGUGCUCAGGCUCCAUGGUUGGGCAGACCUUCCAGAUGGCCCGCUAAGCUCCAUUCUUGCACUGUCAGGGUCCUUCCGUGAUGUUCUUGCCUUCGCGGCAACAUGCCGCUCUUGGCGUGCGGCAUUCUCCUCAUACCCAAACAAAUCUGCCUUCUGCACCAGAUUCCCACCUCUCCUCGUCCAAUUCAAUGUCUGUGUUCAAGCUCCUGAUCUCCCGUCUAACAAUGGUCAUUACGAGCUACGCACAUGUAAGGUCAUUGAUCCAAUCAACAGGAACAUUGCCCUUCGCUGCCAGAUUCCUCAAGAAAUUUAUCAGGAGAUGCAUUUUGCUGGCACUUCCUAUGGUCAACUAAUUUGCGGCCGUGCUGGAUAUUGUCUUGUUGUUGAUGUGUUCAGUGGUGCCGUGGUUUCUCCCCCACGUCUCCCAUUCAGCGGUGAUUUUGAGUUUGGGAGGGAGUUCUACUUCAGUGGCACUUUGACGGCUCCCAUUGCAUCACCCAACUCACACCUCCUUGUCAGUACUGCAAUAUCCCUGUUUGAUUGGCCGGUCGGAAGUAACUCUUGGUCUGAACUCCAGCUUUCUGAUGAAUCGAUAGAACAGAUUGUGGAAUUCAAUGGUCAGUUCAUCGCCAUGGAUGAUUGUUAUAAGAUCUACGCCUUGCAGCUGUCCCCCCAGCUUGGUCUGCAGGAGAUAACAACUGAGUGGGUCGGUCACCUGUCCCCAAGCUCGUACACGAAACCAUGGCUAGUGGUCUGCGGCGAUAUGCUUCUCAUGGUUUCCUGUUUCUGGACAGUGAGCUCAGGCAGCUCAGUGAGCCCCGGGCCGGCAAGCUGCAGCCCCUUUGGGUGUAUCCAAGCAUGUUCUACACUGAUGCGCAGUGACCACCGUGCGCAUCCACGGGCUUGCUGCUCCACAAGCUCCUGAUGAAAAUCCCCCCCUGCAACACAGAGUAGGGGCUUUUGCAACUUGGGCGGUGCCAUCGUAGCAUUAGCACUUAGAACAUUUGUAGCAGUUUGGUAAACCAGUAUCUAGAGCCUGGGAGAUUAGUGCUUAGAGCUAGUUAGGAGUAGUCAAGCUUCUAAGUCAGUACUAUUACUUCAGCUGUGUUGUUUAAUUAUGCGCUGGAUGAUGUGUAAUACUUUGAACUACCUGUUUCUUGUCUCUGCUCCAGUGACACGACUUCUAAGCUUCUACGUCGCGUUGACUCAGUUUCAUUGUACGUAUUUCUGCAUGCCCUUGGCUUCUAUCACUGGACAAGCUCGU